AAGAACCUUUUUUUUUUUCCAUCUUAUCAACUGCAAGCUGAAGAGGAGGGUAACACUUCUCCAAAAUGAGUGACCGUGAGGGGAUACAGGAGGGGGACAAAGAGGAUGAUGCUUAUCAGAGCCAGAUGAAUAGAGGAGCAUCUCCAGAACCCAGCUGUGUGUCAAUAAAGAGCGAGCAGUCCAUCAAAGACUUUCCUUCUGCAUUCAGCAUUGACCCCAGGAAAAUACCCAGUGGAGCAUCUUCAGAACCCAGCUGUGUGUCAAUAACGAGCGAGCAGUCCAUCAAAGACUUUCCUUCUGCAUUCAGCAAUGACCCCAGGAAAAUACCUAGAGGAGCAUCUUCAAAACCCAGCUGUGUGUCAAUGAAGAGUGAUCAGUCCAUUAAAGACUUUCCUUCUGCAUUCAGCGUUGACCCCAGCAGGGAAUUACCUACAGGAGCAUGUCCAGAACCUAGCUGUGUGUCAAUGAAGAGCGAUCAGUCCAUCAAAGACUUUCCUUCUGCAUUCAGCGAUGGAACCGUGACCUCUGACCUCAGUAUCUUCAGCAGGAAAAGACCCAGAGGAGCAUCUCCAGAACCCAGCUAUGUGUCAUUGAAGAGCAACAGAUCUAUGGUGCAACCCCCAGAACUACCUGAUGGAGCCGUGACCGCUGACCCCAGCAGUCUGAAGAUGCUUUCCAGACAAAACAAUACUCACCCCUACUGUCAGACCCAGAACAAGACAGAAUCAGACCUGCUGGACGAGACUAAAGAACUGCAGAGAGUGAAAGACAAACACAAAACCAGCAUGAAGAACAAGUAUGAGAGUUUAUUUGAGGGAAUCAAAGUACAAGAGAAUCAAACCCUCCUGAAGAGAAUUUACACGCAGCUGUACAUCAUAGAAGGAGAGAGGGAAGGAGUGAAUGAAGAACAUGAGGUUUUACACAUGGAGAAAAAGCCCCGGACACAACACUUACAAGACACUCCAAUCUACUGCAAUGACAUCUUUAAAGCCUUACCUGAAGCACAAUAUCAAAGAGAGAAAAUCAAGAGUGUUCUUACUAAAGGCAUCGCUGGAAUUGGAAAAACAGUCUCUGUGCAGAAGUUCAUUCUGGAUUGGGCCGAGGGAACGGCCAAUCAGGACGUAGAUUUCAUGUUCGUGCUUCCGUUUCGAGAGCUCAACUUGAUCCGAUACGAUCGCUACUGUCUUCACAAACUUCUGCUGGACUUUCAUCCUGAACUUCAAGAUCUGAACUCAAAGAUUUAUGAUGCAUGUAAAGUUGUGUUCAUCUUUGAUGGUCUGGAUGAAAGCAGAAUGACGCUGAUGUUUUCAGAUGACAGUGAGAAAGUUUGUGAUGUGACUGAGACUUCAUCAGUGUCUGUGUUGAUGUCAAACCUCAUGAAAGGUGAUCUGCUUCCCUCUGCUCUCAUCUGGAUCACCUCCAGACCAGCAGCAGUCAAUCAGAUCCCCUCCAAAUACAUCCAGCGUGUGACUGAAAUCCAGGGAUUCAAUGACGCUCAGAAGGAGGAAUAUUUCAGGAAGAGAAUCUGUGAUGAGCAUCAAGCCAGCAGAAUCAUCUCACACAUUAGAAGAGUGAGAAGCCUCCACAUCAUGUGUCACAUACCAGUCUUCUGUUGGAUCUCAUCCACUGUGCUUGAAAACAUCCUGAAACAAGACAACGAGAGAGCAGAAAUCCCUCAAACUCUGAGUGAAAUGUACAUCCAUUUCCUGCUGAUUCAGAUGAAGAUGAAGAGUCAGAAGUAUGAUCCAGAGAGAGACCCAGAGAAACUCCUGCAGUUUAACAGAGAAGUGAUUGUGAAACUGGCUGAAGUGGCUUUCAAACAGCUGAUGAAGGGCAAUGUGAUGUUCUAUGAGGAUGAUCUGAGAGAGUGUGGGAUAGACGUCACUGACAUUGCCUCACUGUAUUCUGGCAUCUGCACUCAGAUCUUUAAGGAGGAAUCUGUCAUUCGUCAGAGGAAAAUCUACUGCUUUAUACAUCUCAGCUUUCAGGAGUUCCUCGCUGCAUUCUAUGCGUUCUACUGUGAUGUAAGCAAAAAACUUGACAAAUUGCAGUUUGUUGAUUUGGUUUAUAGCUUUCUCAAAGGUGCAGUAGAUAAAGCUGUUGAGAGUGAAACUGGUCAUCUGGAUCUUUUCCUGCGAUUUCUGCUGGGCAUCUCACUGGAGUCCAAUCAGAGACUCUUACAGGAUCUACUGACACACACGGUGAACACCUCAGAAACCAUCAAGGAAAUCACAGCACACGUCAAAGAUUCAAUCAAAACCAUGAGUACUUCAGAGCAUAUCUCAGCUGAGAGAUCCAUUAAUCUGUUUCUGUGUCUGCUUGAAGUGAAUGAUCAGACUCUGUACAGAGAGAUUGAGGAGUUUGUGAGAUCAGACAAACACUCAGAGAAGAAACUCUCUGUUGCUCACUGUUCAGCAAUAGCCUACAUGCUUCAGGUGUCAGAGGAGGUGAUGGAUGAGUUUGAUCUGAAGAAAUAUAACACAACAGAGGAGGGCAGAAGAAGACUCACACCAGCUGUCAACAACUGCACAAGAGCUCUACUUGCUGACUGUAAUCUCACGGUUGAGUCGUGUGAUAUCAUCGCUUCAGCUCUCCAAUCAUCAAACUCUCCUCUGAGGGAACUGGAUUUGAGUAACAAUGACCUGCAGGAUUCAGGAGUGAAGCUGAUCUCUGAUGCUCUCAAGAGUCACAACUGUCAACUACACAUACUGAGGUUGUCAGGUUGUAUGGUGAGCGAUGAAGGAUGCCAUUAUUUGGCUUCAGCUCUGAGUUCAAACCCGUCACACCUGAGAGAGCUGGAUCUGAGAUACAAUCACCCACAACACUCAGGAGUUCAGCUGAUCUCUCAUCUAAAUGAUCCAAACUACACACUGGAGACACUCAAGUUGGAUUACGGCGGAGAGAGCAGACUAACACCAGGACUGAAAAAAUACUCCUGUUAUCUCACUAUGGAUUCAAACACGGCACAUCAUCAUCUUGCUUUGUCUAAAGGAAAUCGUUUAGUGACUCAUGUGAAAGAGAAGCAGGUGUAUCCAGAUCAUCCAGACAGGUUUGAUGAAUAUUGUAAUGUUCUGAGUAGAGAGAGUCUGACUGGACGCUGUUACUGGGAGGCUGAAUGGAGCGGCGUGGCUUAUACAUCGAUGGUAUAUAAAUCUAUAAAGAGAAAAGGCGACAAUAAUGAUUGUUUUUUUGGAUACAAUGAAAAGGUUUGGACUCUUGUAUGCACAGAUAGCAGUUACUGUGCAAUACAUGCUAAAAGUAGCACAGAUAUACCUGCUCCGUUCCCAUCUAAUAGAGUAGGUGUGUAUGUGGACUGUCCGGCCGGCACUCUGUCCUUCUACAGCGUCUCUGACACACACACACUCACACACUUACACACAUUCAACACAACAUUCACACAACCUCUACAUGCUGGAUUUGGGCUUCAUCCAGACUCAUCUGUGUGGUUUUGUUAAGAUAGAUUUUGGUUUGGUUGGGCUAUUGGUGCUCAGCUUUAAUUAACGUUAUUUCUCUGUGAUCACAGAGAAUGAUGGAUGUGCAGUUUUUGAACUAGUGUGCAAUAAAGACAUGUUGUUAAUAGUUUAUAGAGAUGUUUGGUUAAGCAGAUGCAGCUGUCAUGAUGGAAAAAUGUACGUCAAAAUGUUUUUUCUGGCCAGCAAGACGAACUUGAGACACUCCACUCCACAUACAAACAUCAGCAGUGGCGACAAACAGUCAUGGAUGAGUUUAUGUACCCAGAAUGCAUUGCGGCAUGACUUACAUACUUACUAGCACUGAAUCAAUUUCAAGCAAAAUCAUUAUAUGACAACCUUGCUGCAACUAAUGAAUGAUCUUUUCAUCACAAAAAAAUGUGCUGAGAAAACAUUUGCUGAUUGGUUUCAACAACCAACAAUGAUGGUGACUUUAUACGUCAUGUAUUUUGACCGUCUCAUUUAUAUCCAUUUUAUUUCUCCUAAGCAAUUUUAGGAGAAACAUCUGAG